AUGCAUCAAUUCGCGGUUCACACGUUCCGCCGCUCCGCCGACCGUUGGAUGCCGCUCAAGCUCGUCUUCUGCCACGCCAACGCUGACGUGUGCCAGCAGUGGUCGGACCGCAUCCUCUCGCUGCUGCGCGCCGACCCGGAGCGCCCUAGGAGCCUCUUAGUGUUCGUGAACCCUAUUGGCGGGCGGAAGAAGGGAUUAAAGACAUGGGAGGCGGUUCGACCCGUGUUCGAUCGCGCAGGAGUCGCCGUGCAGGGCGGCGACGGGCUGUUCAACGAGGCGCUCAACGGGCUCGCGAGGCGGCGCCAUCGCGCCUUUCCGUGCGUGCGCCCCGCGCGCUUGCGCCUCCCGCCGCCCUCCACCGCCCCAUGCGGUGCUGGCAGAAGCGGGAGCGAGAGGGGAAGGAUUAGGAGCGCAGGGAAGGAGGACUGUGGAUCAGAGUUGGCUAGGUCGGUCAAGGACAACGGUACAGACACAGGGGGUUUAAGAUUAGGAGGUGGAUUGGGAAUAGGAGGCGGUUUGGGAGCCGAUUCGGGGUCAGGAGGCGAUUUGGAGCAGCUGCCAGCGUGGCAGGGCGCCACGACAGCAGAGAAAGAAGAAGAGGAGAGGGAGGAGGAGGAGGAGGAGGAGGAGGAGGAGGAAGAGGGGGGAGAGGAGAAUGCAGCGCAGGAGCGUGUAGUUGUUUCAGAUGGCGACACUGCUUAUGCUGAUGAUGUUGGCGCUGCUGGUGGUGCAGGUGUUGGCCCCGCAGGUUCGGACCGAGCCUGCGCUCCAGGUUUGGUGAGGAAGCUGACGCUCGGCAGGUUUUGCAGGCAGGAGAGCGAGUUGGAGGCGGCAGGUGCAGUGAACCUGGACAUGGGCAGCGCAGGGCAACCAUGUGAAGGAAAAAAGAGAGGAGACGGGAAGGAGAGCGGAGAGGAGAGAGGAGGGGAGGACGAGGAGGAGGAGGAGGAGGGGGAGGAGGGAGGAAGGGAGGGGAGGAAGCGAGUGGGGAGCAAGGGGUGGUUGGCUGCUGCGGGGUUGAAUUUGAACAACUGGCGACGCAAUAAUGACAAGGGCACACACACAUUCGGGCAAACCGGCGGGGGGCAUGCUGACGUGGACGGCGAUGAUUCGCCGAGAGGAGGCGGCAGGGGUUUGGACAUCCCUGCAGGGUUAAAUACUCCUGGUUUAGAGACUCCUGGUGUCUUUAAUUUCCAUGAUGGCCUUAAUACCCCUGCUGGAUUAAAUACUCCUGCCGGGUAUGGGUAUGACACUCCUAAAGGCUACUAUGCGACUCCUAAAGCCGGAUCGUACUAUGAGACUCCUAAGCCUGGUAGUGGCGGCUCGGAUGGGUAUUAUUUCCCGACUCCCAAGGAGGGGGGCGGCGGGGCGAAGGGGUUUUACGAGACGCCCAAGGCGCAGCAGGCUCGGCGCAGCUUCGGUCGAAGCAGUUUUGGUCCGGGGGUCAGGAAUGCAACGUUUUUGAGUGACUGGGGGACGGUGCGCGAGGGGGAAGAGGGGGAGGAGGAGGAAGGUGGGGAAGGGGAGGAGAGGGCAGGAGUGGGGGAGUGGGGAAGGGGAGUGGAUGAGUGGAGGGAGGGAGGAUUUGGGGAGGAUGGCGGAGUGGGGUUGUGUCUGCCUAGGAGGCUGAGGAUUGGGAUUAUUCCUGCUGGGUCGACUGACUGCAUUGCCAUGAGGUACGGAUUCUAUGGCGCGGUGACAAAGGAGAGUGAGACGCUGAGGUGGAUGGGACCUGCCAGAUACGACUAUGCAGGGUUUAUGACGUACAUGCGCCACAGGUCAUACGAAGCAGAGGUUUCAUUCGCCCACGUGCCUGAGCCAGACCGACUCUCCAUGCACACAAGAGGGUCGUACGAAGCAGAGGUGUCAUUCUUCCACGUGCCUGAGCCAGACCUACCGUCCAUGCACAGAAAAAGCCCCACGACCCGUGCAGAAAUCUGCACCGCUGGAUGCUCGGUAUGCGCCAACGGCCAGGAUCUCUCGCUGCUGACGCGAUCUGCCCUGGGAUUCGAGGCCAGAGGCCCAUCGCAGUCAGCUGUGGGUCUGGCCUCCCUUCUCACCCCUCUCAACCGCACUACUGGUGAUUCUGCUGCUGUGGAUGCUGCUCCUGAUGCCGCUGCUGUUUCGCCUUCCUAUCACCCUCCUCCCGCCGCUCCUGAUGCUGCUGCUGCUACAGCCACAGAAGCUGAUAAGCACAGGCUCUUCUCACCUCCUCCCCUAGAAGCUGCUGAUGCUGACGUGGCAGCGGCGGAUUCGCCGCAGCCGCUGACCUGGGACGAGGCGACGCCAGGCUGGCGCACCGUGAGAGGCCGGUUUCACAGCGUGGGCGGCGCGGUGAUCUCUUGCCGCAAUGACAAGGCGCCAGAUGGCGUCGCGGCACACGCCCACCUGGCGGAUGGGAAUCUCAACCUCAUCAUGAUCCGCGAGUGCUCACCGUUCACAUUCAAGGCCAUGGGGGCACAGCGCUUUUCGAAUGUGGAUGACCAACUGGUGGAGGCGAGUGAGCUGUUGGUCCAGACCCCAGCGUUCACAUUCAAGGCCAUGGGGGAGCAGGGCUUUUGGAAUGUGGAUGGUGAACUGGUGGAGGCGAGUGAGCUGUCAGCCCAGGUGUUCCGAGGGAUGGUGGACAUGUUUGGCAGUGGACCGGAUGUGUGA